AUGUGCACCACCGACAUCUACACCGACGUCUACCCCGACGGCCGGAGGAGCGAGUACCAGGAGCCGAAGUAUUGCACUCCUGCAACCCGCAACGGCCGCUUCUGCGCCAACCCCGUCGUCUACAACCACCCGCCUCGCGCGGUAGCUUACCCUUCACCUAUCCCCGCUUAUCCUGCUGCUGGAACUUCGUACCCCUUGCCUCACCAGAUGCCGCCAACUCCUCCACUGGGCUCACCUCGAGGCACUUCUGGAGGCGCCGACGCAGACCGCACUCGUCGAGACUCUUCCUCCAGCGAGCGCAAACACCGGAAGUCAGGCAUCUAUGUCAACGGGCAGAAAGUCUUGGACCUUAACCGCAAGAACCGCUCACGUGCUGAGCGCAUUGUCAUCGUCGACUCCCCUCCUACCCCUCGCACACCUCCCAAGCAGUUCGCAUCACCCUACUCGGCACCGCCCUCACCCGACGCCGGCGGCAACGGCCUCAACUUCCGCUACAGCCACGUCCCGCGCGACUCCCUCCGCCCCGUCAUUGUGGACGAACGCACUCCUCGGUCAAAGGUAGAGAUCGAGGUCAUUGACAACGGCCAUCGCCGUCACAACUCUUCCGACUCGCGACACAGCCACACCAGCGCCGACGACGAAGAGCGCCGGCGCCGGCGUCGCGAGAAGGAACGCGAGAAGGAGCGCAAGGAGCGCGAGGAGCGUGAGCGCCAGAAGGAAGAGGAGCGCCAGCAGCGCAUCCGCUUGCAGAUCGCCGCGCAGAACGCCAACAUUGCCCGCCGCACCGCCGUUCCCCUCCAGCGCACAUCAACGGGCUUUGGCCCCACGCUGGCCGACCAGCAGCGCGAGCAGGAACUCGUCGAUGCCGUGCGCCGGAUGGAGAUUGCCGACCGCCGGGCACGUGAAGCGCGCGAGGCGCGCGAGAAGGAGGACGAGGACGAGGCCCAGCGCCGCCGGUUGAAGGAGCGCAUGAUGCCCCGUCGCCGGGCGACUGUGGGGCCGGGCAGCCGGAGGCCCCAUGUCCACUACGACGAUGGUGUCUACCGAUGGGAAUAA